AUUACUUCGAUGUCCAUACAUAGAACAAUUUUCGUUUCGUGUUAGUCGGUCUAAACAGUCAAGAAAUGAAUUAUUUUCAAGGAAACCUUAACAAAGCGGACUAUCAUGAUUUUCCUCAGAAGACAGUAUCCGUCAAUAUAAGUGCGAAGAAUAGAACACUAUAUCCAACUGUAACAGGAACGUCUGUCUUGGGAGUAAAAUUUGACGGUGGUGUGAUAAUCGGUGCGGAUAACCUCGGUUCAUACGGCUCUCUCGCCAGAUUUAGGGGUUGUGAGCGAGUUAUGAAAGUGAACGAUACAACAAUUUUGGGGGCCAGUGGAGAUUACGCAGAUUAUCAACAUCUUAAGGGAAUAAUCGAGCAGAAAGUUGUUACUGAAGAAUGCUUGGAUGAUGGUUUUAAUUUAACCCCAAAGAGUUUAUUUAGUUGGCUCAGGAUGCUCAUGUACAGCAAACGUUCCAACUUUGAUCCAUUGUGGAACACUACAAUUAUAGGAGGAUUAGAAAACAACGAACCUUUUCUCGGAUAUGUUGAUAAGAUUGGAACAGCAUAUGAAUCUACUGCCGUCGGGACCGGUUAUGGUGCCUAUAUAGCUUUGCCUUUAUUGAGAGAAGCUACUGAUCACAAGCCACCUUUGACUGAGCAACAAGCAUUGGAUUUGAUGGAAAAAUGCUUUCGUGUAUUGUAUUACAGAGAUGCCAGAUCUCUAAACAAGUACCAAGUGGCUAUUGUCACAAAGGAUGGAUGUAGAAUACUAUCUGACAAGAGGGUCAAUGAUGAUUGGUCAAUUGCACCGAUGGUUCGAGGGUACGAAUAA